CAAAAGUAGAGUGGUCAGCACAAGCAGACAGUGAAAGUGAAAAAGAAAGUUUCACCGAAUUCGCUUUUGCUGUGCCUCCAGCUACAGUAAGUCGGUUUUUGAAGCGACCGCUCGUGCAGAGGGAUGGAAAAAGAAUUACAGCCAUGUGGGAUGAGAAACAACACAUGCGCGAUGAUGGGUAUUUUGUAAUGGUAUCGCUAUUUUUGUAGCUGCUAAUUAUGUGCUUUUCUCUUUUUUCAUCUGUCAUAUCAGUUUUGGCAGUGCUUCUUCUGGAGGGGAAGAUCAUCGUGGUAUCACGAGAAGCUUUUUCAGUCAAAUUUCAAACUUUCGUGAAAUGAUCAAAGCAUCAACCAAUGUUGUUUUAACUACCCCCCUCUUCACAUCCAGUCCCGGUCUUGGCUGGCGGUGGGAUCUCGAGAAUGACGAGACAUGUCGGAUUUUUUCAGUCGUCGACUUCUUGUCAGAUUUUGCGGAAGUCGUUACUACUCCUGUGCUACCUCCAUGGGAAGCUGCUACCUCUCCUGCGCCAAAAUCUGGUAUAAGUGUGAAAUAGAAAUUCACAUUGCUGCUCUCUAGUCCUGUAGCUAGUGCUGAGUCCACUGCUUCCAUCAUUUUUUCAUCGUCGAAUACUAUGCAUGGAGAAGAAGAACAAAGAGAGUUUCCUCUAUUUGGUUCUGACAUGCAAAAUUAUAAGUUUGCCAGUAGCAGUAGUGAUGUAAAAUCUUCUAUGGAUAAAAAACCCCUUCUCAGUAGAAAACCCUAUCCCGGGAUUCGCCCCAGUCGCAGAACCUGACGCAACCCCCGCGGGCACAAGAGCAGCAGAGCAGCCUUUACAAUUACAUGCAGGUGUAGGUCCUUUGGCUUUAGACGACGAGAGCGCUUCUUCUUCCUCCUCUAGUUGUACAGAAGAUGAGAAGAAGCUAGAUCAACUCCAUGAUCACGAGCAAGAGGCACAUACUAAGAUGAGUUUCCUAACCACUGAAGAGGAGACCACAUCAAGUGAUCUGAACACGUCGAAGCAAGAAAAGCGGCCACUUCUAGUCAGGCACAGACACGCAGCUUUGUCUUCCUCAAGAGGAAAGCAGCGGGGUACACGUGGACCGGGGAAUAGAGGACAAAAAGGAGGAGUACUAGGUGUAGGAGAUUUUCUGCUUCCAAAGAUGAGCAGUGUGGAAGAUACAGAAGCAGACCCUCUAGCGUUCGUGCGCGAGACUGCCAGACUAGUUGGGAAUCUGACGUCAUUGUCUGAGAAAAUCGAUCAAGUCAGUGGUCGUACGGGUAGUACGUCUUCUACGUCGCAGAAAAAGACUAAACCGCCGACCAAGUUACACGUUGGGAAUAUAAAAGGCGCUUCUUCUAUUACAUCACCCCCAGUCGGUACGUGUAGUCCGGCUGGCACCGAAACGAGCGGCCUGUAUCUGAAAAGCAAGAGCGCGUAUAACAAGGUAACAAGAGAACAACAAGCAGCUGGAGUUACCAAUAGCGAGACAAGCCCUGAAGACAAUACCUUGGACGAUAUCAUGCGCGAACUGAGGCACACGCGGAGUCCUCUUUUCUAUACCAAGGAGUCGUCGAAACUUCUUUCUUCCUCCUCCAAUGAGACCACACAUCCAGAAAUUGCGACGGCUGAAGCUGAAGGCGUUGGAAGUGGAGAUCAAACUCAAGCAGGUGCAGGGGUCGUUAAGAUGCUACCUUCCGGAUCGUCUACUAGAGGCAAGCCCGCUAUAAUUUUCUCAUCGAAGUAGACUUCAUUUGGUAUUCGCAAAUGCAGCUUCCUUGAACAAGAUACUCUCUGCUGAGUAUGGAAGUGCCAAUGGUGAUACAGCUUGAUGUCCUCUAGCAUUCAAAGAAGUCCAUAUUGAUGUUGUUGAUGUUGUAGCUCUCUAACAAUACAACUGUUACAACUGAUCUCACGCCGACGAGCUAUUCGAAUGUUGGAGGGGAUCAUCUUAUGAAUGGUGGUGGCCUUGUUCCUUCAGCAACUUCAUCCUUGAGAAAUGCAUCAGCACAACGGAGACGGCGCAAGCCUCCACCAUGGUCGCCUGCGGGAGCGGCUGCGCGAGACGGUUUAGUCCCUUCCCCUCUGAGAAAUUUACGCGAUUUAGCAGCAGACAUGCGACCUGAAGACGCAGCCGAACUCCUCUUGUCUGGUGGUAGAGGAAACAUAUUGACGACGUCGAGUAGUUGUAGGUCAAAGAAUGAUAGCAAGCAACAUACAAAUCAGGGUCAGGAGGGAGGUCAUGACGAUUAUCUUCAUGGCAAAACUGAUCCUGAGGGAACUGUAGCACAGCUAGGAUCAUCUGCAAGCCUCGUAGUUGUAACUCCUGCUUCAUCAAGUUCUUUGCUUGCCUCAACAGUGUCCGCCCAAAACCCUGGUCGCGCCAAUUCAGUCCGACGUAUGGCUAGACUUCAAAGGGAAUUGCAUAGUGCAUCCCGUGGACCAGGUAGUCGUCGGAUGACACCGCGUAGUGGUAGAACAGGUGGUCCAAAUCAAAGUUUUAAACCGCACGUGAGGCAACACAUAGAAUCAGAGCUCCAAAGGACGAUGGAGAUGAAACAACGGAUGCAACUACAGCAACAAGGUCGGUCGCUAGAAGGAUCAACAUCAUUUAUUUCGACACUAGACCACGAACACCAGGAACAUGAUCAGGCUUUUCUAUACGACGAAACGUCAGGAGGUGCUGCGCAUGCAGGUGACAGACUCGUUGGGCGCUUGUAUCCCGACUACCUUUCACGAGGCCAAUCUCCUGGGCCGACGAGUAAGAUUACUUUUAGCUAAGGAUUUCCACAUUACAUUCUUCACAGUGAACUACACUCAAUUAGUGACACAUCAUUAUUCUCAGUGACACUACCAUUCUGUACUUGUUGUCCAAUAGGAAAGAACUCAGGGUUAGGAGGUGGAUGUUUUGAAGAAUGCAAUGCUCCAACCUCUAAGCUAGUGGCGCGUUAUCAACUAGCUCCACGUCAUUGCAACAACUACAAGGGAGAAAUAAUACGUCGCACACUGCUCCUCUUUAUCCGGCGCACAAGACGUCAAGCAGGCCCCCACUUCUUGCAGGUGGGUCACGGUCCUCACAAAGUCAAAGAGGACAACCUACAACGAUAGGAAAGCCGCCACGGAACAAGAGGUAUGACUUUGGUCAAGCAGUUCCUCGAGACAGUCAGAAAAGCGCAGGGACUAUGGUACCAGACGAAUUUGGAGACAUGGUUGCGCGAGGGAUGUCUAGUGUUGCUGACGAAGGUCUCUUUGACGGGCAGAUGGCGAUGGGGCAUACAACAGAAAUAGGAGGACGAGGAGAUGGGUUUGCUAAUGGAACAGCAAUAGGAAUGGGAACCGUUGGAGUGGGUACCAGUUCCGGCGCUUCUAUACUUGGUGGCGCCAACAACAAUACUAAUGUCUUGCUGCAACAAGGUCAUGGUCAAAGUCAAGCACCACAAGCAGCAGGUACAACAAAACCACGACCUCCAGACACUUCACCACCACAAGAGUCAUUAUCAGGUUUGAGCUUUUUUUCCUAUACCCCUAGUCCAGCAAAAGAGCGUGGGACUGCGAGUCCUGCAAGGAAAGAGAGCCCACUCGCAAUGCACAGUCCCAAGAGGUUGCAGAGUCCGAGACAAAACCUACACAGUCCAAAACACACACAACAUGCAUCUGCAAUGUUGACGACAAGUACAUCUACGAGUAGAGCAGAUUUAGUACGAGGAGGGGGAGCAGCUGCAAAAUCUGGUAUGAGAACGAAUAAAGCUUCUAAUCCCAAUCGAGCAGGUGCCGGACCAGCAUCUUCUCUAACGGCCAUGUCUGGUGAAACUUCAGCUUCUGGAACAAAUAGACGGCUUGAGGAGUGGCUAGCGUCGAAACGACAAGUGCUAGAGGUUAUGCGCAAUGCAAGUCCAGAGAAGGACAAGAACAUCGUACGUCUAUAUAAAGAAGUGAGGGAGCGGCCUGCAAGUCCGAAAUAUCUGCUGCCACAACGUGCUGAAGCGAUGGAGGCUAGGAGACGCGAGGAAGUGGCUGUCGGAAAAAGUAUUUCAUCUUUGUGACCGUUUUUUCUAGGUAGAAGAUGAAGUGUACUAGUUUGAUGCCCAACGACAGAUGAAAUUAUUCUUCCUGUCUGUCGGUGUCGAUCCUACCCCUGCAAUUUCUAUCCUACUUUAAGUCAUAACACUCAUAACACUCACCCUUACUGUACUAGGUGCUACUUUAUCUUCCGGUGCCACCGCGAAGACUAACUUGGAAGCUCUACCCUCCUUUGAGGAGCUUAUUGUGAGCCCUGCAGAGUUGCCAUUGGCGACGCCACUUACACCAGCUAACGACAUGGACGAGUUCUUAGAAGGCGAGCCUCGUCUUUCCACAAUUGCGACAGGGACAGCAGGCACUACGAGCACCACAGGUGCUAGCGCAACGAUAACUGGAGCUUCCACGAGCACCACAGCCGCGACAGAAAUGGAGCGUGCUAAGCUUGAGUACUUGCUUCAUAGUAGUAAAAACACAACACCAACGCCAAAAUCGUGGACUAGAGCUCGAAUUGAAUCUUCAGAAGGCAGCACAAGCGAAGAAAAGAGCGCAACGAGUGCGGCACCGCGUGCUGGAACCAAACUACGACUAGGGAGUCCUGCUUGCUGUCGCCCAGACCACUUGGUUGCCAGUAGUAGUUAUGGGUGUAGGGAAUUCAUCAUCCCCAAAUGAGUCAGUUGAGAGAGAUGAACGAGACAAGAGGAAAAAGGCACCCAGAUCGCUGAUCUUGUUCCCUGAGAUGAAUUUCCUUUAUCUCUAAAGCAAUGGCUCCUCUUUGUCCAUCGUGCAGGCGUCUUUACUACGACGUGUAAGUCCUUCUCCUGCAGUGUCGCUUUCUGGGUCGGCGAAAAGUCCCGCAGAGAUGCUAGCUGCGGCCGUUGGGCCUCUGUCCUUGAAGCCACCACGUGUCAAUGUGCCACCUCCGGCGUUUGCGACACCUCGAACUUCAGCACGGUUCUUUCAUCAAAACGGAACGCCCGUCGGGCAGCAAAGUCUUGUAGGCGAUGGGAAGCAGAACAAGCGUCUAUACAUCCCAUCAACGAAGGAGGAACUGAAGGCGGAAGAAGAAAGGAUGAGAAAGAUAAGAACAGAAGGCGCUGGUGGUGCUGGUGGUGUGGUCGAGGAAGAGAUCACCGAUCAAAAAUCUCAAACGAAUGCCCAAACAAGCCCAGCUCCAGUUCCUCACAAGCAAGAAUCUUUAGAAGAUGAAGUCGCUAGAAGAAAUUCCAAGAGUAGCGAGAGUACAACAUCCUUUGUAGAGCAGCUGCCUGUGGAGGAUCGUGCAGUACGAGUGAACGUUAGACGUAUGCCCGGAGGUGGGUCUCCAAAUUCUCCAGGGGUACCCGAUGAAUUCGUUAACGACCAUUUUGGAGGAAGCGAAGACGAUGGACCACCAGUUCCACCAGUCAAAAGAACAGGUAGUGGCACAAAUCACAAGAAACUACAGAGAGGUACUUCUAGUGCGAGUGCUAGCCUUCCAAGUACAAGCAGUGCCAACUACGAACAUCAAGCUACUCUUGAAGAGACAAAAACUAUAACUACUAGGACUAUGACAUGCUCUUCACAACAAGCACUGGUGGAUCCACCUCAAGUGGGCUCUUCUGCGUCUGAAGAUGCAUUGAGCACUUCUGUAUACCUGGAAUCCCGCACAAGCAGAGUACAGGCUGACGAUACGGCUCUUUUGAUUCCCUCUAGUCCCGAACCCGCCGAAAAUACGAAUAAGGGUCUGCUGGGGUGGCUCUUUAGGAGAUAGAAGGUCAAGAUAUUGGUUGUCAUAGCAUGGCCGCUUCUGCUCUCGAUACGUUGCACAGAAGUUGUAGUUGAUUAAAAUGAACCACUUUUUCCAAGACGAGUUUGGUGUUACUCACAACGAUACUCGUCUGACUCUGCCAGAUGUCACGAUUAUAGCCGCGCAUGCUUGCAUACAUUCAUAGCAUGAUCUUCGAAGGACUCACAUAUUGUACAGGAGUUGUUGUAGAUGUAGCUUAACAAUCAAAAUGUUCAUCAAGAUGUGAUAAAGAUAAUGUAGAUUUUUUGCUCGGAGACACAAAAAAUCAAUAAAGGUCUAUGUCAAUUUUUCCUUUUCGAAUCAACCAAAAUGCAAAGCGAGACAUCAUGUCUUGACGGUGCGUAGCUUCUCAGUCCAAAUUUGUGUGAAUCAGUCCAGAAACUUGUUAGGUAACAGAGGGAUCGUGCAAAGGUAAUCAUUUCUACAGUCGCCGCACAAAGCCUGCUAAAAAAAGGUAACAGAUAUGUUGAAAAGCAAAGUCACAUACCGAUGUGGUUGAAGUCUAAACAGGGUAACAGGUGGUGAUAACUACAAAAUGCGCCAUAUGGUGCGACAGAUAGUUUCAAAAGACCUUCAAUUGUUUAUAUAUAAGGGAAUGGCAAAUAAACAACCUCUCGAAGGCAACCUCCGAACACCUAGACAAGCUGGGGACCUCCACUGCAUAGUUGUCAGUGACAAC